AUGCCGUUUGGAUUUGGCCACAGCGGCGUGUCUGGGGGCGAAAAAUGCGAUGCCGCGGCGGGGAAGGCAUCGCAACCCGCACAGCCCGCGGAUCCGCGGAUUACCACCGCCCCGCCCGGGCAGAGCGGCCGAAGCCAGCCACACGCAUGUAUUCCGCCCACCACGCGCGGGGCGAAGGGGCCGCACUGGCCCACUUGCGAACGGGGGUUUUGCGCGGACGCGGGUGACCGCCGCGCGCUUUUCGGCCCGGUUCUGCGCGCGCUUGGGCGCCGCCGCCGCCGCGCAAGAGGCCCCGCCUGGAGACCCCCGCCCUCUCACGGCCGUCGCGACGGGAGGCGGCGGCAGGUAGCCCGGUGCGCGGAACAGGCUGCGACUGCCGCCAAGAAGCCGCGGUGCAGGUGGCUAGGCUUCGCGGUCUUCGACGCUUGCGGGCGCCGCGGGGGGUCGGGUCCCGUCGCUGCAUCCGGGCCGCCCGCGGCCCCCCGGAACUCUCCACCGCCCACGUCGGCGACGACGCGAGCCGGAGACUCCACCGCACCCGCCAAAGCCAGUCCCAUGCAGUGUUGCCCGGCGCCGUGCCAAUGCCAGUUCGGACCUGCAAGUCGCCAUCGGUUCGUCAGCGAGUGCGGCGGCCCCGCGCGCACAGGUAACGCCCCAACUCCCCAGGGAGGCCGGACAGUCAGCGUAAAAACAGCCGCUUUAGUGCGAUCACCGCGGAAGCACGGCGGUGGCGAAAACCGGCUCCCGCUUCGCACCCAGGCGAAGCAUCGCCCAAAAGAAGAGGCAAAGUUCGAAGCGGCGGCCGAGGUGCCGGGGAAGUUGGACUCCCGAAUCCGGCGGAGGCUAAAAGGCGACAAACCAGAAACAGCGUCGACAAUCGAGGCGGGUUGCCCACGCGUGGUGGAUCUCGAGCCGCAAGGGGGAGGCGGGGCGGGGCGAUGCCUAAGAAGAACCCCCGCCCAAAUAAGCGGCACCCCUUUCCCCUUCAGCGUGGCGGAGGGCCCCCGCUGGCAGGGAAGAAUGGUAUGGCGAGGGAGAGGGGCCUCGCAGGCAUCGGCUCGUGGAAGCCUCGCCGUCUGCGGUUUUAUGCAGGCCGUGGGGCCGCGGCCGUCGGGAAGGCGCUUGUCGCGCAACGACGGUCCCCUCCGUGGGAUUGCCUAG